AAAAUGACUUGAAAUUAUGUAAUAAAUUAUUUGAAUUUGCUAACAAACAUCAACGUUAACACAUGAGCAACAUCGGAAGGAUCAUUAAACAACUAAAUCUAUAUAAUCAGUUGCAUUGCGUCUCUUUAUUUGUAUAUUUCCUUGAAACUUCUGUUUGUUCUGCAACGCGAUUAAUGUUAGGAAACGCCCAUAUCAUUAUUACAAACCAAAAAAAAAACACCGAUUUUAAAUUUUCGUCUAAUUAGUGACUGACGAUGUCCGUGUUAUUAUAAAAAGCUUUGCACGCAAACCAAUUUUAUUAAUUUUCAUUUUCACCGUUAACCAUGGGGGGUUCGGACAAUGGACGUAAUCGAGAUGUCCGACCUCCAAAACUGAAUAUAAAUAGAGAUUCGAGCUCGAGAAGAAUCAAUCACAGUCUACAAGUGUUCUAACAACAAACAUCAACAUGAAAUUCAUCAUCGUUGUUCUCGUGAGCUUCAUUGCUGCCAUUCAGGCUCAUCAUUUGAGCGAGGAGCAAUUGGAGAAGUUGAAGGGUUACAAAAUGGAAUGCGUUACGUCUACCGAAGUGGAUGUGGAUUUGGUGAAGAAGGCGAAGAUGGGCGAGUUCACUGAAGAUGAUAAGUUGAAGGAAUUCCUGUUCUGCGUUGCCAAGAAAGUAGGUUUAUUGAACGAAGACGGUGAUUAUCAAGUGGAAGGUAUCAAGGAAAAGAUUGUUGCUAAGUACGGACAAGAGGCUGCCGAUGAUGUCGUUGAUGUAUGCACUCAGAAGAAAGAAUCUUCCGGACCGGAAACUAGCUUCGCUUUAGCUAAAUGCCUUCACGAAAAGUCAAAAAAACACAUUGAAUUGUCUUAAAUAUUACGCAUAUCAUUGUAUUUAAAUAAGUAUUUAAUAUUUAAUAAACAAACUCAAUA